GCCUCCCAUAGCAGGCAACGGGCGCACACCCCGAUAUAGAAACCCUCGCGCCUCCGGCCAAUCACCGAUGGGUCGGCGCCGAUAGCACCGAAAGAGCGGAACGCCGCGAUCGAGCCAAAGGCCCAUCGCCGCACCCCGUCUGCACCUCCUCCGUAAUGCAACUCUGCACCCGCCGCCUGCUCUGCGCCAGCCGCCCCGCCUGGCGGGCCCGCCUGCUGUCUGGAACAGUGGGCGGCGACCUGCGCUACAGACAACUCACCACUUCAUCGUCGUCCCAGCCUGCGCACGCGUCCGCACCCACGCCCGCACCCAGCCCGCCCCCGCCAUCCCCACCAGCAUCCGCGCCGCCACCGCCCAACUCCGCCCUCCUCCUCUUCUGCCUGUCCACGGGGCUCGUCGACAGCCUCACCUUCGCCGUGUCCGGCGUCUGGUGCGCCUUCGUGACGGGCACGACCGUCCAGCUCGGGAUGGACCUCCCCUCCCUCUUCGCCGAGCUCGGCGCGCUCAACGCCGUCACCUCCUUCCCCACCGCGGUCUCCUACGUCACCAACUCCUCCACCGCCGAGCGCGCGGCUGCCCUGGGGGGCUUCAUCUUCGGCGGCUUCGUCGGCUCGCGCCUCCCGCGCUGGGUCACGCCUGCGCGCUCGAGCGCCCUGCAGUCCGCGCUCCUUGCCGGGGCGGGCGCGCUCGCGCUCAUGGACCCCGCGGCGACGUACAUGCCGCACCCGCUCCUGACCCUGGGCAUGAUCUCGACGAGCAUGUCGCUGCAGGCCGUCCUCGUGCAGAGCCUCAAGACGCCGUUCGCGACGAGCGUCGCGUGGACGAGUGUCUGGCUGAGCGCGGUCUCGCCGAGCUCGCACACCGCACGGUGGAAACGCUUCGCGGGGCUGGCGGCGCUGAUGGGCGGGGCCGGCAUCGGGGCGUUCGUCGUCCACUUUGGGAAGGAGGAGGGUGCGGGGAAUGAGCGCAGCGACGAGAGCAGGCGGACGACGCUGCACAGAAUGGGCUGGGGGCUCGUCGGAGCUGCGGCAAUCAAGACAACAGUGGGUGUCAUUUUCUGGCGGAGAGGCAGGGGAGGGAGGAUGCAGCUAUAG